GGCGCGGCCCGCCCCCCCCAGCGGCCUGCCCGGCUCCCCGCGGCCAUGCUGGCCUCCUGCGGGCCGGCCCUGCGUACCGUGCUGCGGCGCCCUGCGCCUGGCGGCCUCGCCUUCUUCCACGGCUCCGCUCCGCGCUGCCGCGCCCGGGUCGCUGUGGUGCUAUCUGGUUGUGGUGUCUACGAUGGCACAGAAAUCCAUGAGGCCUCAGCCAUACUGGUACACCUUAGUCGUGGGGGAGCUGAGGUUCAAAUGUAUGCUCCAGAUGUUCCUCAGAUGCAUGUCAUUGACCACAGUAAAGGGCAACCAGCUGAAGCUGAGUCAAGGAACGUUUUAGUGGAAUCUGCAAGGAUUGCUCGUGGUAAAAUCGCAAGCCUGGCUAAGCUUACUACAGCAGACCAUGAUGCUGUGAUAUUCCCUGGUGGAUUUGGAGCUGCUAAAAACUUAUCUACCUUUGCUGUUGAUGGGAAAGACUGCAAGGUGAACAGAGAAGUUGAACGUGUCUUGAAAGACUUCCACAAAGCGGGCAAACCUAUUGGUCUUUGCUGCAUUUCACCAGUGUUGGCAGCAAAGGUUCUCUCUGGUGCUGAAGUGACUGUGGGCCACGAAGAAGAGGAAGGUGGCAAGUGGCCUUAUGCUGGGACUGCAGGAGCCAUUAAAGAACUGGGAGGAAAGCAUUGUGUGAAAGAAGUAACUAUAUCCUUUCUUGUUAAUUUCCGCAUUGAGACAGUUCAGUAAUGUGUUGUUACAGUAAUGGGUAUACGCAGGACCUAUGCUUUUCCACUUACAUUUCAGUGGGAAUACACAGUGUAUAGCAGAUAGCAUGUAGUACAGUGCAAGAUUAGAAUCUUCUGUACGCAGUUGUGUAGAUGAAAUCAUUCUCAGUUAUUGCCAUAGAACUCCAUUGGACACCUGGUAAUGCAGUAAAUACUGAGUCAGUUUGCACAUAAAAUUUGCAUGGAUUACAAUUGGUCAGUUCUCUUUGAGAUUUUUUUUUCCUUUUCCUGAAGGCUAGUGCUGUAAUCAAACUGUACUCGGAGACAUUAUAUUACAGUCAGUACAUUCGUAAUGAGCUUUAUAGGUUUUCUUGUGUUUCUGAGCAUUCCCACAGACUGCUCUUGCAGUGUUUGUAGUUCUGGCAAAAAUAGCUUCUAGUAUCUUGGAUGACAGGUUGCAGCUGCCUUUACAGCUGGAGGAUGUAAUGUAUUUGGAGGUGCUUUUUUAUAGAAUAGUGGAAUUGUGAGGUUUUGUCAAUGAUGGUUUAUUUUGCAGACAGCAUCUGCAAGUGAGACAUAGGCUGUAUUUUCCUUAACUCCCUUUUACGAAGCCCACGUGGAUACAAAAAACAAGGUGGUGACUACCCCAGCAUUUAUGUGUGAAACAGAAUUACAUAAUAUCUUCGAUGGGAUUGGGGCCAUGGUAAAGAAUGUGCUAAAAUUAACAGGAAAAUAAAAAAAAAUGCAAAUGUUUAAAUUUAGAGUGUAGUAUCAAAUAUAAUAUGGAUCAAUGGAAACAUUUUCACUUGCUUGUCCUGUUCACACUCCAGUGAAUGCUGAUAUGAAGCUGAUUGAUUCCCAGCUGCAGGAUUUUCCAUGCCCUUUCUGAGAGAGGGGUCUGCAGAAGGGCUGAUGGAGUACAAGCAGUCUGGCCUGAGACACAGAGCGAUUUCUUGAGCUUUUUCAGCUGGAGAGAGUUUUGUUGAUGUAUUCUGAAGCAGUCCUCUUGAUGCACCAAUGUCAAGUCAUUUUGAGGAGGGCAAAAAGAGGCUAAAGGUCCUUUCAGAAGCUGAGGGCAAAUAUGUUACAGAGAUACAGCAGAUGCCGUGCCAGUAUAUCUACUGGAUGAAGAAUGGGAGUAGAAAGGACUUAGUGUGUGGUUCAAGGUUUAUGUGCUUAGGUCUGUAUCUGUGAUAUGAAACCCUGUGACCUGUCAACAGAAUAGACGUCUUCCACCUCUUAAUUUAGCUUGGUGUUAAUUAAAAUAUUGUUUUGGUUUUCUAUAUCAAAGAAUCCUGCUUUCACAAAGGAGCCAUUCUGAGUAUCAGUCAGCAGCAGGAUACAUCUUUACUGCCACAGCACUAGCACUUUGAAAAAUUUAUCCAUUGGCCCAUUAUUACUAAAAAGGUCUUGAAGAAGAAAAUAUCUGCUGAUGUGACGCACAAUUUGUAAGGAUAAUAUCCAUGUUAAAGUAGUUGUAUGACUAGUAGUGGUUGGAAAAACCAAUCUAAAAUUACCCUCACUUUCCCUGCUUUAGGGUAAUAAAGCUUUCUCCAAAGAAGUAUUAUUGAAUGUCUGGAAUAAUGGUGUAUAAAUAAAUGAUUUCUGCCUUUA